GGUUGUUACUGAAACCUCAGAAUAUUUCCUCUAAUUGCUUUCCUAUUUGGAUCUUUCCAGAGCUUGGAACGCUUAAACACCCACCAUGGAUGACUUUGAACGCCGCAGAGAACUCAGGAGRCAAAAGCGUGAGGAAAUGCGCCUGGAAGCAGAGAGGCUGUCCUACCAGAGAAAUGAUGAUGAUGAUGAAGAAGCUGCCAGGGAACGUCGCAGACGGGCUCGGCAGGAGAGGCUGCGGCAAAAGGAAGGAGAUCUCUCAGGAGAAGUAACAGAGAAAUCAGAAGUCCAAAACAGUGUGGCCGGGGAGGAAAGCAAGCGUUCUACAGAUGAUGAAGCUGCRUUGUUGGAGAGACUGGCAAGACGGGAGGAGAGACGCCAAAAACGUCUGCAGGAAGCCCUGGAACGUCAAAAGGAACUUGACCCCACGAUCACAGAUGGGAGCUUGUCAGUGCCCAGCAGGAGAGAAGUAAACAAUGUGGAGGAAAACGAGACCACUGGGAAAGAGGAGAAGGCUGAAACACGGCGAGGACGAUAUGAGAUUGAGGAGACAGAAACAGUUACCAAAUCSUACCAAAGGAACAACUGGAGGCAAGAUGGGGAAGAGGAGGAAAAAAAAGAAGAUAAAGACAAGGAGGAGGUACAGGAGGAGAAACCAAAGGAGCUCCCGGUAGAGGAAAAUCAGGUAGAUGUGACAGCAGAAAAAUCUGCAGAGGCAGUAACUGUAAAUGCAGAGGAACACAAAGCAGAGAAUGAUACAAAUGCUGUGCCAGAAGGGACGCAAAGUAUAACUGAUGCUGUAGAUGAAAAUAAGCUUAAGGAUGAGGAAAAGGCUGAGGCWGAAAGAAAGGAAGCAGAAGAAAGGGAGAGGUUAAAAGCAGAGGAAGAAARGAGGGCAGCUGAAGARAAACAGAAAGCAGAGGAAGAAAAGAGGGCAGCUGAGGAGAGGGCUAAGGCAGAAGAGGAGAAGAGGGCAGCUGAGGAAAGAGAGAGGGCUAAAGCAGAAGAGGAGAGGAGGGCAGCUGAGGAAAAACAGAAAGCAGAGGAGGAAAAGAGGGCAGCUGAGGAAAAACAGAAAGCAGAGGAGGAAAAGAGGGCAGCUGAGGAAAAACGAAAAGCGGAGGAAGAGAAGAGGGCAGCUGAGGAAAAACGAARAGCAGAGGAAGAGAAAAGGGCAGCUGAGGAGAGGGCAAAGGCAGAAGCAGAAAAGAGAGCAGCUGAGGAAAAGGCUAAACUAGAAGCAGAGAAGUUGAAGGAAAAACAAAAGAUGGAAGAACAGAAAAUAGAAGAUCAAAAAGCUCAAGCAGCUUUCUUAAAAAAACAGGAGGAAGAAAAAGUGGAAGCUAAAAAGGAAAAGCUGCCAGAAGAGAAGCUCCARUCUACCUCCGUAAAAGAUCAGGUAAAAGAUGACAAAGGUAAAGCACCCAAAGAGGAAAUGAAAAGUGUCUUGGAUCGUAAAAAGGGUGUUCCUGAGCAAAAAGCACAGAAUGGAGAACGUGAACUCACUUCCCCCAAACUUAAACCUACUGAGAAUGCUUUUGGGCGCUCCAAUUUGAAAGGAGGUGCGAAUGCUGAGGAGGCAAAGCCAGAGGCUCUGAAGAGGCUGGAAGAUCAGCGCCGGCGUCGGGGCGAGAACGAGAGCGAGGAGCUGGAGAAGCUGAAGGAGAAGCAGCAGGAGGCAGCAGCAGAGCUGGAUGAGCUGAAGAARAGGCGGGAGGAGCGCCGGAAAAUCCUGGAGGAAGAAGAACAGAAGAAGAAGCAGGAAGAGGCUGAGAGRAAAAUCAGAGAGGAGGAGGAAAAGAGGAGGAUGAAGGAAGAAAUUGAAAGAAGAAGAGCUGAAGCUGCUGAGAAACGUCAAAAGAUGCCAGAAGAUGGGGUGUCUGAAGACAAGAAACCAUUUAAAUGUUUCAGUCCUAAAGGUUCAUCUCUCAAGAUAGAGGAGCGAACAGAGUUUUUGAACAAAUCCGCUCAGAAGAGUGGUAUGAAGCCCACCCAGACAACAGCAGUUGUCUCAAAGAUUGACAGCAGACUUGAGCAAUACACUAGUGCAAUUGAGGGCACAAAGGCUUCAAGACCAGCCAAAGCUUCUGACCUUCAUGUUCCAGCUGAGGGGGUCCGUAAUAUCAAGAGCAUGUGGGAGAAAGGGAAUGUUUUUUCAUCACCCUCUGGGACAGGAACUCCAAAUAAGGAAACUGCUGGACUGAAGGUCGGUGUCUCCAGUCGUAUCAACGAGUGGUUGACCAAGACCCCAGAGAGCAACAAAUCUGCUCCAAAACCUUCUGAUUUAAGACCAGGAGAUGUAUCCGGCAAACGCAAUCUCUGGGAGAAGCAGUCAGUGGAGAAGCCAGCUGCUUCUUCAAAGGUAGCAGCUAUGGGGAAAAAAUCAGAGACUAAUGGUUUGAGACAAAUUGAGAAAGAACCAUAGAAGGCCACGCUGGACCAAUCAGUUUGGGGGAAAAAAAAAAGGAAAAAGUGCUAAAUUGUUCUUUUUAUAUUUAUGUUUAUUUACCAAAAUGUCUUUUUGCAUUAUCCCAGUUAAAACCAUGUAUAUUAGCACUGUAUUUAAUAAUCAGUCUAGACAUUCAUCAGAAUAGUACUGCCUUUGCACAAGAGCCUUUAUUCCUAAAGAARCCCAUGCUGUGAAAUAUAUAGAUCUCCUACUGAUAGUUAUAACUAUGUAUCUGAACAGUGAUUUCAACUGGCAUUAGAGGUCAACCCAAAACGCAUGUAAAGAAAAGUUGCUUGAGGAAGGUGUGCAGCAGACCUAUAAAAACAGUGGUUACUUUUGUAAUACAGAAGUCUUUUUCUUUCUGCACUUUAGACUAAGGCAUGGAAGAAAUAUCUUUAGUUGACAAUGUAAUAUUUUCUGUAAGUUGCCCAUGUCAUGAGAAAUACUGCAUCAAUAACGUGUUUUAAUAUUUUCUUUUGUUUUAUACUUUUUUAAAGUAUCAAUAUUUCCAUUCUAGUUUAAGUUAAUACCUAAAAUUGGAUGAUUAUGUUAGCUGACAGCGGUACUGAUAUUUCUUUUUGUUGUUAGUGACUAGUAAUUGAAUGCAAUCUAGAAUAUAUAUACACACAUAGCUUUACAAAGUUUAGUCUAAAGGCACUACUAAUGGUAGAAUGCUUUAAUAUGUGCUAGAGUAUUAUAUUUAGCAAUAAACAUACAUAAUUAGCCAAUAUCACAGCUUAAAAAAAUAAAGAGAAAAUCACACACUUUUCUAUARUAAGAUUUCAUAAUUGCCAUUAGAGGUAUGGUGAGAUAAGUAUUAAAAAAAAUUUAAUGUCAGUUGCCCAGUAAUGGGUAAUUAAAAAGAAAGUAUAGUUUUUAAAAGAGGAAAAGGUAAGGGUAUAGAGGGUCAAAAAUAGGCCACUUGUAUAAAACKUUGUAGUUUAAUUUAUAUGAAACUACCAUUAUUAAAAAGAAAAAAAAGUGAACAGAGUUGGAGCUUGUUUCAAAUGACUGUACACUAAAUCUUGCCAUCCAUCAGGUCCACCGAAAAUGAAGUAAACCUUUAUCUUUAUAAUGCUUCUUUUUACCUCUSUCCUGAAUAUCUAAUUUACAGGUGUUUUCAUUUGUAUAUAGUAAACACAUGGCUAUAAGACAUCGGCUUGGUUUGAGCUUACAUGCCAUACAGUUUAGCAUUUACAUCCUACAGUGUAUGGGUGGCAUAAACUGAGCAACUCAAGUAGCCCCUGAGCAUGUUGUUAACAGCUUUGUUGUGCAUUAGAACCCCUGGGAUUUCCCUUUUCACCACUUCCAUCUCUYAUAGCAUCUGACUUCUUCACAAAGAAGUGCAUUGUUAUAUUUCAACCCAAAGCUGAGCUCCCCUGCUUGGCUGAAACAUCUUGUUUACUUAUAGAGAUGCACGAAGUUAUCUGCAGGGGGUGAAACUGUGCCUGACAUUGUCUGUGCAUUGUCAUGUUUUCUGUAUGGGGGUUUCGUAAACACUCCUCUAAGUCUUUCAAAUACAUCUGAUAGCUGCAAUAAAAAAAAUUUGUUCAAACAAUGUAUUCUGAAACUGCAUCCACAAUAAAUGGAAUAUUUCCAUCAGCAGCCCCCUGUUUGUUAAUGA